AUGCACUUCACUAAGCGCACCGGCUGCGCCCUAUUCGCAAAUUCCGCGAAACUAUUCUCGACAACCUCCCGUCGCCAAUUAUCCGGCCUUAAGAUCAACCACAACCGACUAUGGGAAACGUUGCACGAAACGUGCGAAUGGGGCGCCGCUCAUAGAUACGGCAAGAAUUCCACAGAUACCGGCAUGGCUCGUCUAACCCUGACUGAUGCCGACGCGAGUGUGCGCCGCUGGCUUGAUAAUGAGGUCAGAAAGUUGGGCUGCACGCUCCAUGUGGACCAGAUGGGCAAUAUGUUCGCAAGACAGAAAGGUCGCCUGAACUCGUCGGCGCCUAUGAUCGCCAUGGGCAGUCAUUUAGAUACACAACCGCGUGGCGGUCGGUAUGAUGGAAUUCUCGGCGUAAUGGCGGCAUUGGAGGUACUGCGGACUAUGAAGGAGAAUGGGUAUCAGACGAAUUACGACGUCGGGUUGGUUAAUUGGACUAACGAGGAAGGAGCUCGGUUCCCUAAAUCUAUGUGCUCCUCUGGCGUAUGGGCUGGCGUGAUCCCCAUUGAACAGGCCUGGAGUCUUCGGGAUAUCCAUGAUCCCAACGUGACACUCCGUUCUGAAUUAGAACGACACGGAUACCUGGGAGACAUUCCCUGUUCGCCUGAGGGCUUCCCCCUUGGUGCACACUUCGAGCUGCACAUCGAACAAGGUCCUAUCCUCGUGGAAACCGGCCGGUCGCUAGGUGUAGUCCAAGGUGGCCAAGGGUACAGAUGGCUAACCUUCACCGUGUACGGACGAGAUGCGCACACGGGCACAACCCCAUUCAGCGCUCGUCAGGACCCCCUACUCGCCGCAUCUAAGAUGAUUGCCUCAUCGAAUGAGAUUGCAAAGCAACAUGGGGCGCUGGCAUCUACUGGUGUGCUCAAGAUACCUUCCAAUGCAUCUACGAACACUGUUGCUUCGCAAGUAACGUUCACCCUGGACAUCCGGCAUCUCGAGGAUGAAGUGGUGCACGCUGUGCAGAAGGAAUGUCUCGAAUCCUUCGCUAACAUCGCAAAGCAAGAUGGGAAGGGUGUUUCGUUCGACUGGACGAUGGAUACGGAUUCUGCUGCUGUCAAGUUUGACAAGGACUGCAUUGAUGCAGUUCGCACUGCCGCUGACGAGCUUGUUGGCGCUGGACAAUACAUGGACAUUACCAGCGGUGCUGGACAUGAUACUGUGAAUACUAGUAGACACUGUCCCUCGACUAUGAUCUUCGUCCCGUGCCGGGACGGGGUCAGUCACCAUCCGGAGGAGUAUUGCCGUCCUGAAGAUUGUGCUUUGGGAACUCAAGCUUUACUUGAGGCGGUGGUUAACUACGAUCAAGCUCGGAUGAAGAAAGAGGCCAUUGCAUAG